CUUCUGCCCUGGCUCUGUCUGCCCCCCCCCAGCCCUAUCUCCCUCCGUCUACACGCUGUGAUUCCAGAUUCCAGGCUCUGGAGGCUCUUGGAUACUAAAUGGCGGAUUUAAAUCUCUCUGCGCCGAAGCGGUUGGGCAAAACUGUCAUUCUGGGCUACUGUGACAUCGGCGCGGCAGGCAUUCGUGUUCUUGAAGGCAUGUCGGGAUCAUCGCAGAUGACGGGCGGAGGGGCUUGUUCGAGGUUAUGCGAGACGGGGAGGGAGACCCUCGCUUUCUCGGGCAUGGGGGCUGCGGUGUUCGAUGGGGUUCCGGCUUUGGAAGCCGUGCACUUCGAAAGCUCAGCAGGCGGUACUGACGAGCCGUCCGUCACCCUGCUUAAGCUCAACACAGCGGUUGGCCAGGACCUAUCGGCAUCGUUGUCGUUAUCUCUCGUCGACCUACUCGUCGCGCGAAGACCGACCCUCGACAGGCUCAUCAUCGCAGCUGCUGUGCAGCCCCCAAAGAGGCACCAGAUCCCGGCAGAAGCAGCAACCAUUCCAUCGGACGUUGUGUGUACUUUCUCCUGCGGCGGCGUGGACAGCAACUCCUCUCCUUUGCCGGCAUCGUUGUCCAGCCUUUCGUCAUUGCCCACCGGGGCCCGAAUCGCCGAUUCGUUCCUCACGACCCUGGUGCGACUCUGCAGGCUGGAAGGAGUGCCGUUGACGGUGUUGGCACGUGUUGGCUACCGCACCACGGGAGCGGCCGCCGAUGUGGAUGGGACGGACGAGGCGAUCAACGGUCUCGGGCAGUGCCUUGCACAGGCGGUGGGGCUGGAGUUCAACUCCAACAAGGCGUGCGGAUUGCGAAGAUCAAAGGGUUGGAAAGGCAGUCCCUCGGCACAGGUCGUGCCCGGGUACAUUUAGUGGGAGAGCGCGGUUUUUCUAGGGUGCAACUUGGUGGAGCUGUAGUUGACGCAUUUGGUGUGUUACCUCCCUGUGCCUGGUUGUUGUCAUUGUCGAGCGUGGCCGGAGCCAUCGCUCAUCGACCUACGCAUGGUGAGGGUUCAUGCAGGAGGGGUUGGCAUAGUCCAGGCGUCGGAGGGGGUGGCAUGGUCUCCACGUAUAGUCUACACGUCGCACGAAUGGAUGAAACGGGCUUCCUGUGGUGUUCUGUUCUGACGAAUGUGUCGUCGGUAUCUAACGACUCGUAUGGGAGAUGCCCCUGCUUGCCGUACAUGGUGGCGAAGCUUGCGAGUCGCACAGUCGAGCGCGCAUGUGCGACAAAAAGGAAAAUUACGGCGCUUCACCGCAAUGCGGAACAACCAGGUGCAUUGCGCGCUAAGGCUUCUUUGAUCGUGAGCGCGGAUGAUCAUUUGCCACAAAGGUUGGGAGAUGGGGGACAGGAACUCUUUCUUUCUCACAAAGCCAGGAGCUUAGGGCAUUAUCUUUUGUACCAGAGACGAAGGCGAGAGAGAGGGAUCGUCCAAGACACUUUCGUAGCGUGUCCCCAGUUAUCAUGCGUUUGAAUGUUCCCAGCUUUGUACUCUGUGCUUCCUCCCGUGUUCCUCCCGUUAGGCAGGAUAGCAGUACAGCCGUGCCCAGAGUUUUGGUGGCAUCAUAGACGAGGAACAGUGAUGCGUUGUUUCCGAAACGCUCUGAAACAGUACUGCGAACACAUCAGCGUGAGCUCACGUUCGAUGUUAUUCGUGUUAGCUACAGUAGCACCUUCGUAUGCCGGCCUCCAAGAUGCCCCUGACGUGAAUUCAAGCAUGUGGUGUAAAGUAGACUUACGCC